AUGAGCAAAUUUUCUUUUAUUCCUUUUAAUGUACUAAUGUUGUAAACUUGUCAGGAACCAUUUUUUUUUCUACUCUAUCCUUUCCCAUAAUACUUCCAUCUUAAUCUAUGUUAUAUACUUGGAGAACUAAGGAAAGAUUAGAGAUAGACAACGUCAUAUGAUUUUCUUUGUGUGAUACACAUUGUGCAUUCCUAAAUGGAAUAGGUUAAUAGUACACAUGAUGCGUUUUAUGACAUAAACAAAUUAAAAAAAAACUUGAUCUUUCAUUUGUGAUCAGACAUGGACAAGAGUUGGAUUGCAUUGGGUAAGACACUUGAUGGAAGGAUGAGUCAGCCAUUUAUUGAUGGGGUGACAUCAUUUAUCAAAUUUGCAAUGGCAGUUGUUGACCAGGAAGGUGGUAUUGAUGCCUUAGUGGAAGAUCGAAUAAGAGGAGAACCCAACGAUGCACCCCAGAAUGAGGAAGUACAAACGUUUGAUAAACUAUUGAAUGAUGCCAAACGUGAGGUGUACUUAGGUUGCACAAACUACACUCUGUUGAAGUUUGUCAUCGAGCUGCUUAAUAUGAAGGUAACAAACCACUGGAGCAAUAAGUCGGUUAACACACUAUUGGAGUUUUUAACAAAACUUUCACCAAAAGAUAAUUUGGUUCCAAAGUCAUUUUAUGAAGCUAAGAAAAUACUUCGAGAUUUGGGCUUGUCAUAUGAGUUAAUUGAUGCUUGUGUAAAUGAUUGUGUACUCUUUUGGAAGGAAAAUGCAUGGUUAGAUAAAUGUCCAAAAUGUAAGGCAUCCAGAUACAAGAUCAAUCGUGGCAGGGGUAAGAAGAUUCCCCAUAAGGUGUUGCGGUACUUCCCAUUAACACCAAGGUUGAAAAGAUUGUACAUGUCAAGAAAGACUGCUGAGGACAUGAGAUGGCACAAGAAGAAACGUAUAGAUGACGGAGUAUUGAGACAUCCUGCCGAUAGUGAUGAAUGGAAGGAAUUUGAUGUGCAACAUCCUCAGUUUGCCCUGGAGCCUCGAAAUGUGAGGCUAGGGUUGGCUGUUGAUGGGUUCAAUCCUUUCGGGAACAUGAGCAACUCGUAUAGUUUAUGGCCUGUAGUACUCAUUCCUUAUAACUUGCCACCUUGGUUGGUUAUGAAAGAUCCCUUUCUUAUGAUGUCACUACUUAUUCCUGGAGAAUCACAACCAGGGAUCGAUAUUGAUGUCUACAUGAGACCUCUGGUGGAUGAGUUGAAUGAGUUGUGGGAAAAUGGUGCAUUAUCUUACGAUGCCGUAACUGGUGAGUCUUUCCAGAUGCGUGCAGCUUUGAUGUGGACUAUUCACGAUUGGCCCGCAUUUGGUGACAUAUCUGGGUGGAGAAGAAAGGGUCAUUAUUCUUGCUACACUUGUAAUGAUGAACCAUAUUUUCAAUCCUUGAAAGGUAAGACUGCAUACACUAACCAUCGAUGCUACUUGCCUCAAAACCACCUCGAAAGGAGAAAGAGUAAGGCUUACAAUGGUAAGCAUGAGAAGCGAAAGAGAUCUUUAAAGUUACCAGUGGAAAAGAUAUUAGAGCAAUUGGAUAGAGUGACAGGUGUCACAUAUGGGAAGCAUCCAAGAAAUAAGAAAAGACUCCGUCAGGCACCAAAUUGGACAAAGGUAAGCAUCUUGUAUGAGUUACCAUACUGGAAGAAACGAAAGCUUCGACACAACAUUGAUGUUAUGCACGUUGAGAAGAAUUUUAGUGAAAAUACCUUUGGAACUAUGUUAGGCAUUGAUGGAAAGAACAAAGACACCGACAAAGCACGGAUGGAUUUGGAAGAUAUGGGUAUAAGGAAAGAGUUGUGGUUAACACGUCGUCCUGAUGGAACUUAUGUCAAACCUAGGGCAAUCUUUUCAUUGACCCCUGAAGAGAGGGAGGGUUUCUUUGAAUUCUUGAAAUCAGUGAAGUAUCCGGAUGGCUAUGCUGCAAACAUAUCAAGAUCAGUGAAUGCGAGAAAUGGUAAAUUAACAGGCUUGAAAAGUCAUGACUGCCAUGUACUCAUACAACGGAUUCUUCCAAUUGGGAUGCGUGGUUACGUAGACAAAGAGAUUAGUAAAACACUAUUUGAGUUAGGUAGCUUUUUCCAGGAUUUGUGCUCAAAGACACUGCGCCAUAAUGAACUUGAGAAAUUAGAGGAACGUAUAGUACACAUUAUGCAAGCUUGA